UGUUUGACUCAAAUUGAAAGAAUAAAGAGUUUGAUUUCUAUUAAGGUUUAUAGGGAUUUUAAGAUGUAGCCUAAUUAGCGAUUUGAAUAAUUAAGUUACUUAUUGAGUAACUAAAUUACUUUUCAGACAGAGUAAUUAGUAAAGUGAUUUAAAUACAAUAUUGAUUAUGUAAUUAAUAAUAGUAAUUAAUUACUUUUUGAAAGUAACUUACCCAACACUGCUUGUAAUGCACCUUAUAUGCAUUGUACAAUCUCAGAAAUAAUUGUAACCACAAUUUAAUACAUUAUAACGUCAAUUCAUUGUUACACUAUGCAUUUUAAAUUCGAUUAUAAUUAUUUACAACAAUAUAUAAUGUAUUACAAUGCACAUUAUGAAUAAUUACAAUGCAUUAUACCCUAUAUUAACCCUUUAUAGUGCAUUAUACAUAAAUGCUUUAAGUAAAGUGUUACCCAAGAUUCAAUUCAAUUUGCUACAAGGCAACUAAAAACUGGAAGAAAAAAAAAGAGAUAAUAUUUAUAUAACUUCCCGAAACGUUUAGUUAGGGAGGAUGAGAAAGAAACCUUGGGAGGAACCAAAACUCAGCAAGGAGAGCCCAUCAUCUUCUAGCUGACACAUGUAUAUAUAUUAAAAAAAAAAAAAAAACCUAGACCAACAUCAAUAAUGGUGGAAUGAAUCAAAAGCAAAGGUGCGGCUGCAGGUGGAGACAAUUCAAAUAUAUAAAAGUCUGAUGGGUCACAUACAGAAGACAGUGAAGACUGAGGAACAUUUGAAGACUCUCAUUCAUCUGAAUCUCCAACAACAGAACAUCUGAUAUCAGAGAUGGAGAGCAUUCUUCCAGUGAAGAUGUCGGUGUUGGCUCUGGUUCUGCUGGUGUUCAGUACGUGUGAGGCUCACCAGUCCCUCAUUACACAUUUUAGGCCACCUCCAAGUAUUCAAGUCAUUAGAACCUCAAGACCCAUCACAAUAACUUCCUCAAGGCCGACCUACACCGAAACCUCUACUACAACCUCAACUUCCACCAUAAUCCCCAAUGCGGCCUCCACCUCAGGCCCUACUACAACCUCCACCGAAACCUCUACUGCAACCUCAACUUCCACCAUAAUCCCCAAUGCGGCCUCCACCUCAGGCCCUACUACAACCUCCACCGAAACCUCUACUGCAACCUCAACUUCCACCAUAACCCCCAAUGCGGCCUCCACCUCAGGCCCUACUACAACCUCCACCGAAACCUCUACUCCAAACUCAACUUCCACCAUAACCCCCAAUGCGGCCUCCACCUCAGGCCCUACUACAACCUCCACCGAAACCUCUACUACAAACUCAACUUCCACCAUAAUCCCCAAUGCGACCUCAGGCCCUACUACAACCUCUACCGAAACCUGUACCGAAACCUCUACUGCAACCUCAACUUCCACCAUAAUCCCCAAUGCGGCCUCCACCUCAGGCCCUACUACAACCUCCACCGAAACCUCUACUACAAACUCAACUUCCACCAUAAUCCCCAAUGCGACCUCAGGCCCUACUACAACCUCCACCGAAACCUCUACUGCAACCUCAACUUCCACCACAAGUCCAACUACUUCCAACGAAACCUCAACCUCAAGCCCCACCACAACCUCAAGCUCCACCCUGUCCUCGACCAUAAUUCCCAAUGCAACCUCCACCUCAAGCCCCACCACCACCUCCACCAGAAGACCCCACAAACCUCCCCACAAGCCCCACAAGAGGCCCUUCCACAAAUCUCCCCACAAGCCCCACCCUGUCUUCCACAAUUAAGCUCCACCAAAGGCUCCAGAACAAUCUAAUCUUCAAGACCCAUCUCAGUUUCCAACCACCUCACUUGCUGGAGAAUAGAAUAAACCAAUAGUAAUUUCUGAAUGGUGAAAGGGCUCAUAUCAUACACUGUAUUUUAUUUAUUUAUUUAUUUAUUUUUCCCCUGGAAUCCACUUAUAAUAUAAGUAAGCUUCUGGAAUUUAGUUUUGGGUUCUUCUGUGACAUAAUCAUAUGGUAGCCAAUGUUGAAAUGUUCUGAUUGUAU